AUGGCUGGCAGAGACUGGAUCAGGGAUCUCAACAACUACUUGCAAAGUACUGGACAGUCUGCGGGGCUUUCUUGGGCCUUCACCCAGACCGGUCAGACCAACACAGCAAUGCACUAUGUUACUGCAAAUUUGAACGGACAUCCCAUUGCUCGUGGAGAAGGAGUCACCAAGAGCGCUGCAAAGGCCAUGGCGGCGCAGGAAUAUCUAACCAGUAUUGGCCAAGGAAAUUAA